AUGGCGUCUGCAUGGGUCGCAAACUUUUUCAUCAGCGUGCAUCCGCUGCUCGAGGAAGACGACGAUCCACCAGAAUGCAAGUAUGCGCUGAACCAGCUCAAGUAUAAUGCUCGUGUCCUGUUUGUGUACUUUAUGUGGUUCAGCGUCGCCCGGGCAUCUCUCUUUGUGCCGUGCGUGCUGUCCCGAGUAGCCACGGUGCAAUCGCGGACGCAUGGCUUCUGCCGAACGUACUGCGUCCAUCUCCUCAUCCGAGAUGGUCCAAUCUACAUUUUCGUGGUGGGUUCAGUCCUAUUCUGGUUCAACAUCCUACGAUCCCCUAGCUGUGAAGACAGGAGUCCGGAGUUGUAUUCCAGAUUGAAAAUGUAUGCGGUGUGUUCCUGCCUGUUAGCUUUUGCUUGCAUUGUUGAAGUCUACUGGCACAACAAGCUCAUAACCAACACCUUAGAGUUCUACUCCGCAUGGGUCCCAGAGGUGUCGCGAAGAGCCCCUCCGGACACACUCGACAAGUUGGAGACCCGCAGGUAUGAGGAGCAGACCUUCGGAGACGAGGAGGGGAAGCAGUAUCCCUCCGAGUGUGCGAUUUGCUUGGGCAGCUGGGAGUCAGAGGAUGUCAUCAAAGUGACACCAUGUGGACAUGCUUUUCAUCAGGAGUGCAUCGGCGGAUGGCUGCAAUCUGCGCGCACUUGCGCUCUUUGCCGCAAGGACCUCGUGGUGCUGACGGCAGAGGGAAGGAACAGGCAUCCGGAGGUUUUGGGGAAUCAAAACCCUGAUGUGGUGGUAGUUGAACAAAGGUGA